AUGAAGCGAAGCAAAAGCCUUUAUUUAGCUCUCAGUCUGUCUGCCUUACUGAUUGGUCUCUCUCUUUCUCACUCUCACAAUCUCUUUCUCACCCUCACAUCUCUUCCUUCCUUCCUUCCUUCCUUCCUUCCUUCCUUCCUUCCUUCCUUCUUUUCUUCCUUCUUUCCUUCCUUCUUUUCCAUAGCCAAUCAUCUUUUUAACCUGCCGUAUCUUUUAAGCGAUAAAUUUCAUGUAUUUUAUUCAGCAAGCGAUCAGUUUCACACCGUUUUCUUUCCAUUCUUUUUCUAUCUGUCUGUUCCUAUAUACAACAAUCCUCUAUUUCACUUUCAUGGCUCAAGAUCUAUCUUCUUUAAAUCCGACGCAUCUUCUGUUAUUUUUUCGCUUCUACCAGAGAUAUGUAUAAUUUUCUUUGUAUUUUUCAUUAAUUUUUCUUUCUUUCUUUCUUUCUUUCUUUCUUUCUUUCUUUCUUUCUUUCUUUCUUUCUUUCUUCAUGCUUCUCUCUCUUAUAUUUAUCUAUACUUAUAUUUUACCAAAGGAAGAAAAAAGUUUCUUUCUUUCUUUCUUUCUUUCUUCAAAUCUCUUUUCUUUCUUUUACAUCUAAUGCCUGCUUUCGCUUUUUAA